UGUUCGUAUGUGGAAUUCACUGGAAGUUCUCGCUUCAUUCCACAGACAUUACUGGCCAUGGCGACAAAAUUCGUUUGCGUAGUGCUUAUGGCGCUGUGCGUGUUGCAUACUCAGAAUGUUUCAGCUCAUGAUCGACGAGACAUCGGCUUCCCCCAAAUUAAUUUCUUGGACCCAAUCGGGAGCAUCGCAAAUUUUAAAGACUUCAUCGUUAAUGUGACUUCGGGAGUGAUUGAAGCGGGAAAAAACGCAAUAUUGACGGUAGAGAAUUCCAAGAACGCACUGGAGUCCUUGGCAGGAUCGGUUGUGGAGUCGGCGAAAGCAGAGAUCGGGUCCCUCUUGAAUGCAACAAUAACCAAAAUAGAAACUGCUGUGCGCAACAGUCCAAUUGGACCUGCAGUACACGUUGCCGAAUGUGGGGGCCAAGGAAUUAAGACGGCUAUUGCAGACGCCGCUGCAACCGUUGAUGGCGUCGUCGGCUGCGUUGUCAGUCAAGUUAAUGCGAUAAUUAGCCCGGCGGUAGACCUCAUAGCUCAGAGUGCAAGAGGUAUUACUUUGGGUUCCGAGACCUUCAAUAAUUUGACGUCAACGUGCUUCCCGAAUGGAUUUUCAACACUCGACGUUCUGAGUAUCGUCCCAGAUUUGUUGUGUGCUACAGCGAAAUUCGGCGACACUAUCAGCGCAUUAAUCAACAUUGUCUCAAACAUCCAAUCUGACAUCCAGAACUUCGAAACAAGUGUCAACAACACACGGAACGCCGUAGUGCGUUGUCCCAGAGUGACGGAGGCAGACCUCGUAAUUAAAUUUGGCAACACUAUAACCAAUUUUGCCAACUGUGCUUUAGGGAAUAAUGCAUAAUCAACGGCCGCAGACAUGCCUGCACUCCCUGAACCUUAAUUUCAUUUGAUAAUCGAUGUUCGUAUCGAUUGUCAACACUGAUGCUUCAUUUCUUUUUAGGAACUAGUCAACACUGCGUUACAAUAUAAGGCAAAUAAAACACACAAAUCAAGCAUUAAUAUAUUAAGAUUCAAAUAAAGAAAUAUAUGACAUGAUUUGACAAUAUAAUCGAUGUAUCUGUAAUGAUAUUUAUGCAAGCCUUUAUUCACCACUGAGCUGAGCGAUGCACGAAAAGCAUAUACAGAUCUAUAUAUAAAAGUAAACUGAAAUAUGAUGGGCUACUACAUUUCAUAUGUAUUAAUUUAAUAUUAAUAAUAUGUUCAUUUAAAAUGGCGUUCAUUUAAUAAAUAUAAUUUGUGUGUUA